AUGGAAGAGAGUUCUAAUGAAGGGAACGCCCGUGAGGAAGAAAAGGCGCCCGUCUCUCCGAUGCCGGUAAACGAGGAUCCAACUGUUAUCUCCUUGUUAGAGUGUCCGGUGUGUUACGAGAACUUGGCAACCCCCAUUUUCCAAUGCGUAGCCGGACAUCUCCUGUGUGGCAGUUGCAGGGGACGAGUACACCAGUGCCCCACUUGUCGAGGAUAUCUCGGAGAAUUAAGAAACAUCGCGAUGGAGAAGAUGGCGGAGGCGAUAGCUCUUCCCUGCAGGUUCAAGGAUAAUGGCUGCCAAGUGGUACAGAAACUGCAAAAGAGGAGAAUUCAUGAACAACAUUGUCUGUACCGGACAUGUGAGUGCCCGACUUUGGAUCCGACGUGCUCAUGGGAAGGGGCUUUCCAGACCUUAGUAGAGCAUCUACGUGACCGUCAUCGUUCGAUGGUCUCGGUGAAAUCAGGGUCCAUAAAAUUAUCGCUCGUGGGUCUGGAGUCGACUCAUCCCUUGUCGUGGGCUAUUAGAAUGAAUUGUCACGGACACGAAUUUAUUAUUCAAGCAAAGAAAAGUGAGACAGGGAUUGACCGUGGCCGUAUAAGUCUACUCAUUCGCUUUGUAGGCAGCAAAAAGGGUGCGAGCCGGUUUCGGAGCUUCCUCUUGGUAGGAGGAAAAGGAAAGGCUCUUGCUUGGAAUUCGCCUCCUAAAAGUGUUAUGGAAGAGACGAGAAAGAUUAUUGAGGAGGAAGAAUGUCUGACGGUGUCUUCCAAAUUCAUAAGCCACCUUCUCAUCAAUCAAACUCUCAGUGUAAUAGUUUCCGUGGAACCUAUGGGUUCCUAA